AUGGUGAGUAGAGCCGAGAAAUCAGUAGAUUCCGAGUCAAAGAAAGAAGAAGCUUACGAGUCGUUAAUAGCCUUGUAUGGUGAUGCAGGAAAGGCUGAAGAUGUUUACCGUUUAUGGGACCUGUACAAGGACCUUCCUCCUUCCGACAAGAGAAAGGGACAUCGAUCAGCGAUUUGUCUCUUGUUGAAAUUAAACGAUAUCGAUGGUGCAGCAAAGGUUUUUGAGUCGCCUACCAACUAUGCUAUGUAUACUGAUAUCCGAAGCUUGGCUAUGAUGGCGUCUGCUUAUUGCGAGAGAGGCCAGCUAGAGGAAGCCGAGAAUGUGUUUGGUGACUUUAUCCUAAAACGACGAGAUGAAUACAUUGACCACUUUACGAUGGUGUAUGUGUACUUCGCCGUGGGUUCCGUUUUAUACACGCUUGCGCUUAUGGUCAAGUUUAUUUUAAAAUUGUUUUCGAUGCAAUAA